UUCACAGAUGAAGGUGCUGAGGCAAUGGUCCAAUGUUGAGUUGCUAAGAAGAUGAUGGUACAUUAUCUAAAGUCGAGGACUUUCCAUGGGACUUGGCCCUGAUUAGAUUGGGCGCGCAUGUCACCAGUAGCAAUCUUCGGAGGAGCUUGCAUGAAAGAAGAGCCGUCGAUGUGGGAUGAACAAGCUCAAACCUUUGUUGGCCAAAGGCUUGACGCCCUCAAAGUCGCCGCCGCCGCCCGCCGCCUCUUCGACGUAUUCGCGCAACGCCACCAUCAGUCGUCUAUCAUCACAAGGAGCUCAUCGGGACGUCCUUCUCACUUUCUCCUCCAUGCGCAUCGACAGAGUCCCUCCCGAUCCUCACACGUUCCCUAGCGUCCUCAAAGCCUGCGCUCAUCUGGACCUCUACCAACUCGGCCUCUCGUUUCACCAGUGCCUAACCGUUCAUGGGUUCGCUUCGGACGCUUACAUUGCCUCUUCUUUGAUCACGUUCUACGCGAAGUUUGGAAAAGUGCGUAGUGCUGGCAAAGUGUUCGACUUAAUGCCUGAGAGGAGCGUUGUUCCUUGGACUGCCAUAAUUGGAUGUCAUUGUAAGGCAGGUGAUGUGGAGGCGUCGUUUGAUCUGUUGAAUGAUAUGCGUCGUGAAGGAGUGGAGCCCAGCUCGGUGACAUUGUUGGAAGUGCUUGCUGGAGAUUUGGAGCUCACAAGAGUGCAAUCUUUGCAUUGUUGUGCAUUGGUAUAUGGUUUUGGGUCGGAUGUAGUCUUAUUGAAUUCUUUUUUGAAUGCUUAUGGUAAAUGCGGAGGCAUUGAUGAUGCAAAGGCUUUGUUAGAACUUAUGGAUCAAAGGGACAUUGUCUCGUGGAAUACUUUGGUCUCGGCAUAUGCUCGAAUUGAUAAUUUUGAGGAAGUAAUGCAUCUCUUAACUAGGAUGAAAGAUGAAGGUAUGGAACCAGGCCAGCAGACUUUUGGUUCUUUAUUGUCUGCAGUUGCAGCACGUGGUGAUCUUUAUUUGGGAAAGUUGGUGCAUGGGCAGAUUUUAAGAGCUGGACUCGAAGUGGAUGCUCACAUUGCAUCAAGUCUUGUAAUUACGUACUUAAAAUGUGGCAACUCGGAUGGCGCAUUUCGAACAUUUGAGCUGGCCCCUGAUAAGGAUGUUGUUCUAUGGACUGGGUUGAUUUCAGGGCUUGUACAGAAUAAUAAUGCUGAUAAGGCACUACUGGUCUUCAAAUCCAUGUUAGAAUCCGGUGAAACUCCCUCUACUGAUACAAUAGCUUGUGCCCUUGCAGCUUGCGCACAUAUGGGUUCCUAUAGUUUGGGAACCUCCAUUCAUGGUUACGUGUUAAGGCGAAGAAUUCCUCUAGAGCUUGCUGCACAGAACUCACUAGUUACGAUGUAUGCAAAAUGUAAUCAUGUAGUGCAAAGUCGUGCUGUUUUUUAUAACAUGGAGAAGAAGAAUUUGGUUUCUUGGAAUGCAAUUAUAGUUGGUUAUGCUCAGAAAGGCCAGCUAUCUGAGGUAUUCACAAUGUUUCAUGCCAUGAGGGAGGCCCUUCAAUUACCCGAUCCAAUUACUGUUGUAUCUCUUCUCCAAGCUUGUGCUUUGGUGGGGUCACUCCAUCAGGGAAAAUGGGUCCACAGUUUCGUCCUAAGAAGUUGCUUUGGACAAUGUAUCGAGGUUGAAACUGCUUUAGUGGACAUGUACGCUAAAUGUGGGGACCUGGAUAAUGCUCAGAAAUGUUUUGAUAGAAUGUCACAACAUGAUCUUGUUUCCUGGGGAACCAUCAUUGGAGGAUAUGGAUCUCAUGGGAAGGGUGAAACUGCACUGAAAAUGUAUUCGGAGUUUCUUCAUAGAGGUUUUCAGCCAAAUGAUGUGAUUUUCCUCUCAAUUCUCUCUGCUUGUAGUCAUACCGGGCUUGUCAACCAAGGGCUCAGCUUAUUUCAGUCGAUGACCGAAGAUUAUGGUAUUGUACCUAGACUUGAGCAUCGUGCUUGCAUAGUUGAUCUUCUAUCUCGAGCUGGCAGGGUGGAUGAGGCAUAUGCCUUCUACAAGAGAACGUUUCCUCAACCUUCAUUUCAUGCGCUGGGCAUCCUCAUUGAUGCUUGUCGAGUUAGUGGCGACGUAGAACUUAGUGAAAUUAUUGCUGGAGAGAUGUCCAUGUUGGAACCUAUUGAUGCUGGAUGUUACGUGCAACUGGUGCAUAGCUAUGCAUCAUUGAAUAGAUGGGAUAAUGUGGGCGAGUCAUGGGCCCAAAUGAGGUCUCUUGGCUUGAAAAAGCUCCCUGGAUGGAGUUUCAUUGAGUUGUACGGGAAGGUCACCCCAUUUUUCAAAGAUCACGUUUCCCAUCCUCAUUUUGAGGAGAUUAUGUGGUUGUUAAAAACCAUGAGCUGGGAAAUGAAAAAGGACUACGGUUUAAAAGUUGCAAGUGAUUCUCAGCACAUCUUUGAGAGUGCUAGGUAGACU